GCAUGCACAUGGAACACACACACUCACAUGUGACCUCACACACUUCGGCUCGCUUUAGAGAAUUUCCAAUUGUACACUGCUCCUCUGUCAGCUGUUCACUGGUCCUGAAUGUUUUGUUUUAGCAUGAUUCACGUCUGUGCACAAGAAGGGGACAUGAACCAACAGUCCUGGACACUGAAUAUCAGUGACAGGCAGUUUAUGUAAACAAUCCAUGGCAUGGAAGGUGACCUGGAUGUCUAAAAUGAGUGGGUGCUAAAGUGAGACGCCGUUUGGACAUUGACAUUGUAGCUUUAACUACCUGUUGAUUACAGAUUGUUGUUCUUUGAGGUUAUGGGUCUGUCAGAUGACACUGUGAUUGGCCGGGGCAUGAACAGCCCUGACCCACUGGUGCGUGAGGCCUAUAUGAUGGCCUACGACUAUAUCAACUAUGUGGCGGCAAAACCAGACAACCCACUAGGUCCUGCACCAUCCUCUGCGACUGCUGCCCUGCGCUACGCGGGAGAUGAGCUGCUUGUUCGCUUCCCCAUCUUCUUUCGGCGCUGGCCAAGGGUUUUUCAGGACGUGACUGAACAAACGGCCUGCCCGACCCUUGUUUCCAUCCUGGAUGAGCACUUUGCCCCUGCACGGCGUAGAGACCUUGCCUGGAGUGCUGUGCUGUCCGUGUUCGUUCUAGCUGGCCAACUUGCUCUGCACUGUCAAGAGAGGGGUAUGACAACAGUCCUGCCUCAGAUUCAGGAGUGCGUGGGCAGCUACGUAGAGAGAGUCAUCUGCCCAGAGAUUAGGAAUAAAGGAGGAUGGUCGGGUUUCAUCAGUCGUUUUGGAGAGAAGCAGAAUCUUGAAGACCAGGUGAAGAAGGUGUGCUGCUGGUCUCUACUCUUGCUGACUGUUGGGAUCCUGAGCUACUUUGUAUGGGCAAGAGGGAAAACUUAGACCACAGCGCCAUCUGCUGAGAAAGUGUGCCAAGGACACACUUUUGAAUGUCAGCUCUACAAUGAUUGGUUGGGUUAAAAUAGUACACAUAUUUAGGGUGGCAAGUAGAUUGUUUUGAAAAUUGUAAACUGAACUUUGCCGUAAAAUUAUGGAAUAAAAUGUCCAAUGAUGACUAUUUGUUUACACUUCCCAUUUAGAACAGCUCUAGUUACACAAAGGCUGAAAUCCAGUUAUGAUUUAGAAUUUAUUUUCAAGUUACACGCAAAUGCUCCUAUUCAAAAUCUUCCUAAGUGUCAAAAACAGGGACACUUAACAUGUUUAGCAUUCUUAAACUCACAAGGCUAAUUCUUAAAAUUAGUUUUGACAAAUACCAUUGCAAUGUAUUUACCAAACUAGAAUUUUUAAAGAGUUGACCCAGAUACUGAUUAAAAAGCAGUCAAGCAUUGUUGAGAAAUCCUUCUA